UCACACUACUCCACAACAUCGUGAUUGUCGCUCUCUCUCUCUCUCUCCCCCCCCCCUCAGUUCCUGAAUUCGCCAUGCAAGUUCUGCAAUCGCCCUCUCUUCGCGCCUCGCCGCCGAAUCCCCUUCGGAAACACUCCAAUCGACAGUCCCAUCAGAUUGCCAAUGCGAGACCCACAAGGAAACAGCAUUUCAUCGCCGCGUCCGCCGCCGUUUCGGCGCCGAAACGCGAGACCGACCCGAAUAAACGGGUCGUAAUCACGGGUACGGGUCUCGUGUCGGUGUUCGGAAAUGAUGUGGACGCUUACUACGAGAAAUUGUUGGCCGGUGAGAGCGGAAUCAGCAACAUCGACAGAUUUGAUGCGUCCAAGUUCCCGACCCGGUUCGGUGGCCAGAUCCGUGGGUUUAGCUCGGAAGGGUAUAUCGAUGGGAAGAACGACCGCCGGCAAGACGAUUGCUUGAAGUAUUGCAUUGUCGCCGGGAAGAAGGCUCUUGAGAGUGCGGAUCUUGGGGGUGACAAGCUUAACAAGAUUGAUAAGAUACGAGCCGGAGUACUAGUUGGAACUGGUAUGGGUGGUCUGACCGUCUUUUCAGACGGUGUUCAGGCUCUGAUAGAGAAAGGUCACAGGAGAAUAACUCCUUUCUUCAUUCCUUAUGCCAUAACAAACAUGGGUUCUGCCUUACUGGCAAUUGAUCUUGGUCUUAUGGGUCCGAACUAUUCCAUCUCAACUGCUUGUGCCACUUCAAAUUACUGCUUUUAUGCGGCUGCGAAUCACAUCCGUCGGGGCGAGGCUGAUAUGAUGCUCGCUGGUGGAACUGAGGCCGCCAUUAUUCCUAUUGGGUUGGGAGGCUUUGUUGCUUGCAGGGCUCUGUCCCAGAGAAACGAUGACCCUAAAACUGCUUCAAGGCCAUGGGACAAGGACAGAGAUGGGUUCGUCAUGGGUGAAGGAGCCGGUGUACUGGUGAUGGAGAGCUUGGAACAUGCAUUGAAACGAGGUGCUCCUAUUAUAGCAGAAUACCUCGGAGGGGCUAUUAAUUGUGAUGCUUACCAUAUGACCGAUCCAAGGUCUGAUGGGCUUGGUGUCUCUUCUUGCAUCGAGAGAUGCCUUGAAGAUGCUGGUGUAUCACCCGAGGAGGUGAAUUACAUUAAUGCACACGCAACAUCCACUCUGGCGGGUGAUCUUGCUGAGAUCAAUGCAAUUAAGAAAGUGUUCAAGAACACUUCAGAGAUCAAAAUCAAUGCCACCAAGUCCAUGAUAGGUCACUGCCUUGGUGCAGCUGGUGGUUUGGAAGCCAUUGCCACCGUGAAGGCCAUCACCACUGGAUGGUUGCAUCCCUCCAUCAACCAAUUUAACCCGGAACCGGCUGUGGAUUUCGACACGGUCGCCAACGUGAAGAAGCAACACGAGGUCAAUGUCGCCAUAUCAAACUCUUUCGGGUUUGGUGGACACAACUCCGUCGUGGCGUUCUCUGCAUUCACACCCUGAAAGAUGACAGUUUUCCAGAUCCCCCGUCUCUUCUCUUCGUAUCAUCUUCUUCCUAUAGUUUAUUGGGUCACAAGUCAUUUAAAUGCUGCCGUCGAUUUCUGACUUUCGUCAUUACCGUUCUUGAUGAGAUUUUGUUCUGUACUCCUAUCCUCGGACUCGGAACAUUGCCUUCGUUCCUUUAUUUAUGUGUUGAUCCAUGGAUAUGGUAAUAAUGACA